AUGGCUGAUCCAAUUGCAGCAAUUUCAUUCGCUGAUCCUCAUGUUGAUCCCUAUGGUCAUCUGGGCUUAGUCCGGAACCCCGACGGCUCAGUCACGCGUCAAUUUGAACAUCCAAAAACACCCGUCUCCUCCUAUGAUGGCAGCCCUAUCCUUCUUGUCAAAGAUGUCCCCAUUAACCUAUCCAAGAACACUGGUGCCCGUAUAUUCCUACCGAAAGAAGGACUUGAAUCCUUCCCGGGCAGGAAACUUCCGCUCCUGAUUUACUUUCAUAGUGGAGGAUUCGUGAUUGGCAGCGUGGCCACGACCGGUUUUGAUGAUUUUCAUAGAGCUUUAGCUACUGAGGUCCCGUUUGUAAUCGUAUCAAUCGAGCAUCGUCUUGCCCCCGAGCACAGGCUGCCGGCAGCCUACGAAGAUUGCUUGGAAGCUUUGCACUGGAUCAAGAAUUCACAAGACGAAUGGUUGGAAAAGUAUGCAGAUUUAUCAAACAGUUUCCUCAUGGGCAGCAGUUCAGGGGGAAACAUUGCCUAUCAUGUUGGCUUGAGUGCAUCGUCAUGUGUUGAUGAUCUUAAACCUUUGACUAUUAAAGGGUUGAUUUUGCACCAAGCAUUUUUUGGUGGCAACGAGAGGACAGAAUCGGAGUUGAGGGCUCUGAAUGACACGUUUAUACCGCCCUGUUGUACUGAUGUCUUGUGGGAACUUUCAUUGCCCGUAGGUGCUGACCGAGAUCAUGAAUUUUCUAAUCCAGUCUUGAGCAUCAAACCUGGACAAUUCGAUCAGAUUAAAGCUUUAGGAUGGAAGAUUUUAAUGGCAGGAUAUGAAAAUGAUGCAUUGUUUGAUCGCCAAUUUGAGAUUGCCAAAAUGUUAGAAGGCGAGGGUGUUCCCGUGGUGACUAAUUUUGUUGAAGGAGGUUAUCAUGGAAUUGACAUGUUUGAGUCUCCCAAAACUAAAGUCCUUUGUGAGGUUGUGAAGGAGUUUAUAAUCUCCUUUGUGACAACAGCUUAG